CCCAUGCUUGCUUGCAUUCCAUUUUGUCAAAGAAAAAAAAAAUGAGGAAAGCAAUUGGAUGGUGUUUAGUUUUCAUAUGUCUUUUAAUUCCUUUAUUAGUAGUUGCAGAUUGGAACAUAUUGAAGCUAUCACAUAAUGGAUUGAACAUUAGCUUGAAGAAUUAUUGUGAAAGUUGGAGAAUGAAUGUUGAGUUACACAAUAUUAGAGAAUUUGAAGUUGUGCCUGAAGAAUGCAUUGAAUAUAUUGGGAAAUAUAUGAAGUCCACACAAUAUAAAGUUGAUUCUGAAAGGGCAACUGAAGAAUGUUUGAUUUAUCUUAGCACAAGUUGCAAUUUGAAGAAUGAUGGUAAAGAUGCUUGGAUUUUUGACAUUGAUGAUACUCUUCUUUCAACUGUUCCUUACUACAAGAACAAUCAAUAUGGGGGAAAUAAAUUGAAUGUGACAUCUCUUGAGGAAUGGAUGAGAAAGGGUAAAGCAACUGCUCUUGAUCACUCAUUGAAGCUAUUCAAUGAACUUAAGUCAAGAGGUAUUCAAAUUAUUUUGAUCACUGCAAGGAGGGAACAUCUAAGAUCAGCCACAGUUGACAACCUUGUCAAUGUUGGUUAUUAUGGCUGGACUAAAAUUUUCUUUAGAGAUAUUGCUAAUGAAUUUGUAUCAGUGAAAAAGUACAAGUCUGAUGUAAGAAAAAAGUUAGUGAAUGGUGGCUAUCGCAUUUGGGGCAUUCUUGGUGACCAAUAUAGCAGUAUUGAGGGAAUUCCAAGUCCUAGAAUGACAUUCAAACUACCAAAUCCAAUGUACUAUGUUGCCUAAACUAAUGUGUAUACUUGUGUCAUAUGGAUGAAA